AUGGCCGGCAUCGACUAUCUCCUCUUCGAGGAGGCUACGGGUUACGCCAUUUUCAAGGUGUUGAUCCAGCUGGACGACAUCGCCGUUAGAAUGCGUGAGGUCCAGGAGGCCGCUGUGGACGCUUCCAAGUUUUCCAAGAUGGUUGAGCUUGUCUCGUUUGCUCCUUUCAAGGGUGCUGCCCAGGCUUUGGAGAACGCCAACGAUAUCUCCGAGGGUUUGGUCAGUGACUACUUGAAGUCCGUUUUGGAGUUGAACUUGCCUAAGCCUUCCAAGAAGGAGAGACUUACCUUGGCUGUUUCCGAUAAGAACUUGGGUCCAUCCAUCAAGGAGAUCUUCCCAUACAUCGAUUGUUUGUCCAACGAGAUUGCCCAGGACUUUUUGCGUGGUGUGCGUGUCCACGGUCCUAAGCUCUUGAAGGAUUUGCAAGAGGGCGACAUUGAAAGAGCCCAGUUGGGUUUGGGUCACGCCUUCUCCAGAGCUAAAGUUAAGUUUUCGGUUCAAAAGAACGACAACCACAUUAUACAAGCCAUUGCUCUUUUGGACCAGUUGGACAAGGACAUCAACACCUUCUCCAUGCGUGUCAAGGAGUGGUACGGAUGGCACUUCCCUGAGUUGGCCAAGAUUGUCCCUGACAACUACACCUACGCCCGUCUCGCUCUCGCUAUCAAGGACAAGUCCUCCUUGACUGACGAGUCUUUGCACGAGGUUGCUGCUCUUGUCAACGACGACUCUGGUCUUGCCCAGAGAGUCAUUGACAACGCCAAGAUCUCCAUGGGUCAGGACAUCUCUGAGCUAGAUAUGCUCAACGUUUCCACCUUCGCUGAGAGAGUUGUUUCCAUCUCUGAGUACAGAGCCAAGUUGUACCAAUACUUGACUGACAAGAUGCACACCGUUGCUCCUAACUUGUCUACUCUUAUCGGUGAGGUUGUUGGUGCCCGUUUGAUUUCCCACGCUGGUUCUUUGACUAACUUGUCUAAGCAGGCCGCUUCUACCGUCCAAAUCUUGGGUGCUGAGAAGGCUUUGUUCAGAGCUUUGAAGACCAAGGGUAACACCCCUAAGUACGGUUUGAUCUACCACUCCUCUUUCAUUGGAAAGGCUUCUGCUAAGAACAAGGGUAGAAUCUCCCGUUACUUGGCUAACAAGUGUUCUAUUGCAUCCAGAAUCGAUAACUACUCUGACGAGCCUUCUACCGCUUUCGGUCAGAUCUUGAAGAAGCAAGUCGAGGAGAGAUUGACCUUCUACGACACCGGUGCUGCUCCUAUGAAGAACGCCGAUGCUAUCAAGGAGGCUUUGGCUUUGUCUGCUGACUUGGCUGACGAGAUCGAGGUCGACGUUGAGGUUGAUGUCGAGGAGCCAAAGGCUGACAAGAAGGAGAAGAAGGAAAAGAAGGAGAAGAAGGAGAAGAAAUCUAAGGAAGACAAGAAGGAGAAGAAGGAAAAGAAAGAGAAGAAAGAGAAGAAGAGAAAGGCUGAUGACGACGAGGCUCCUAAGAAGAAGAAGAAGAAGUCCAAGGAUUAG